AUGGUGAGGCUCUCAGGUGGUGGUCCGGCGAGGCUCCAGCGGUGGUCCGAUGAGGUUCCAGCGUUGGUCCGGCGAAGCUCCGUCAAGAAAAAACCGUUCCGCCCAUUUCCUUUUUCAAAAUCCUUUAUGCUUAUAUAUGAAUUGAAAAAUGUUGUUAACCUCUGCAACUACGUACCCGAUAUGGAUCGGCAAGGCCACGAAUUUCAGGCGCCGAAGGGCUUUGGUGCUAAUGUCCCCUACCAGGAUUUCUACCGCCAUCAGCAGCAACAGCAGCAGCCUCAGCAUCUCCAGAUGGUCUUGGCAAAUCUGUACCGAGAAAUCCAGCAGACUACUGACUUCAAGAAUCAUAGCAUCCCUCUCGCUCGGAUCAAGAAGAUUAUGAAGGCUGAUAAGGAUGUUAGGAUGAUCGCAGCCGAGGCCCCGAUUGUCCUUACUCGGGCAUGUGAAAUGUUCAUUUUUGAACUCACCCGUAGGGCUUGGGCCCAUGCUGAACAAAACAAGCGCCGUACUCUUCAAAAGAAUGAUAUUGCUGCGGUCCUCACUAAGACGAAUAUGUAUGAUUUCUUGGCUGAGAGUAUGAAGGAUAUUGGAGGACCGUCUUCAACGACAGGGUGA